AUGAGAAGAUCUCAGAGGACAAGCACUCGUGGUUUCAUUUCCAGACACAGUGAAAACACGGCUCCUAGAAAUGACGUCAUCAAUGGUGGUGGAGGUUUGUUGUUCCGUCCUCCUCCGCCUUCUCUCUCCUACUCUUACCCUCCAUCGACUCCGCCGUUCAAUAAUCAAUCUUUAUAUAACUACCAAAAAUUGAUGAAUCAACAGCAACCGCCUCUGCUCUCUCUGCCAAUCUCUUCGCUAAGCCGAGGCCUAUCGUGCCCACCCAAUACCAGAAAGGCCAACAGAGCCCCAAGAGACCAGUCUCUCACGCCGAAGAAAGCAAAGCAACCACCACAGAACAUAAGAGAAAAAGAGCCAAAGCAAGAUUCAAAAUCAACAAAGUCUUCGAUUAUGGGCUCGGUUAGUCCAUUAGGACCCGACCCGAAUGAUCUUCCUAAGUUGGAGAAGCUUUCUGGUUCUGUGUUUACAUUCUCGCCACCUCCGAGCAGCUUGCCGUUGCCGAAAUUCUCUCUCAGGCCUAAACUCAGUUGCAAGGCUGAAGCUGCUGCCGGUAUUGACGCCGGAGCAACGGACAGUCUCCGGCGAAUGCUACGUCUCCUUUGA